AUGGUGCAAGACAUCAAUCAGCCUCGGGAUCACUUCCCACACCGAUCUUCAUACUGGCCCCAGGAAAGAUUUCCUAUGGAACCAGUCCCGGACGAGAGCCGCUUUACAGAACCACAGCCUCAAGAUAUACGACGGCCUCCUAUGGCAAUCGACAAAGCUCUGCGCGAGUAUUGUAACAUCUCGGCGGAAUUCUACGUGCUUAUACCAGUCAUCGAGGGAAAACCUCAUAUAUUCACAGCACCGAACAUACCUUCGAUAAAUAUAUCUAGAUUUUUAGAUGUUGAGGCCCUGAGCCGCGAGUUGCAGCGCGCACAGACAGCUGCCGCCCAGCCUUCACACGCAGAGGAAUUUGCUGCAUUCGAAGAGAUGAAUCGUUUGGAUAACGCAAGACGAUGGACACAAGACCGCCGAUAUGGACAGCCCAUGAGCUUGACAAACUUCGAGGACGACGGUAACUAUAAAGCACGCAAACGGCCAAGAGCAACUAUUAUGCGGCGUGAACCCGAGACUUUUGAAGAUGAGCCUGCAAGCUCAUCAAGCUCCUCGAAGAGGGGCAUCACGAUUCGUGAUGAAAAGGCAGUCAGGCAAUUUUACGAAGAACGUUUUAAGGGUAUCCAACAAAACGCAUGUAAACUAAUGUCGAAGGCAUGGGUCAAGGCUGUUGAGCCAAAGAAACAAUCAACCCAUCCAUAUACAGGCGCAGAUGAGAAAGCUCCCGAUUGGUGGCCUAAGCCUUGGGGUCCAUCGAAAGAACAGAGAGUUCGACACAAGGAACCCGACCAUUUAUACAAGCGCGAACGAAUAUAUCUUCUUAUUCAUAUUCUUCGGAUGAUUGUUGAACCCAAUCACCUCCAGCAUCCCUCGGUUCAGAAGCUCUACCUGAACGUGUCUAAACUUGAGGAGGUCACUAAUGAAGCUCUAUCGUCGUUUUUCACCGAUAAAGACAAUCCCAACAAUGGGGCAAAGAAACCGUAUUUGAAGGAGAUUUUCAAGGUUGCUCGCUUCGAAGAACGUUACAAGGAUGGCCAAAUCGAUGGAUCAACCAUAGUAUACGUAAUGCCGAAUGAUCGCGUUGCCCAAGGCUAUUUGUCGGAUACUGAAGAUGUUACUCCCGGUAGAGAGGAUGGCGAACACAACCCAACCCCGACUUCUUCCAGCGCAUCACCCCAAAGAACGAACUUGUCGCAACCGAUCAUGGGGCAUAAUCAUAGUACAGAUCAGAGUCCUACAACACAGAUACCUAGCGAGGCCUUUGUUGGAGAAAUGCCGGUUCGUGGGGCCCAAUAUGCGCAAUCAGUCUUGCCGCCAGAUAUGACUGCGGAACGGCAGACAUAUGUAGAUCCAGCAGCUAGUAUGUCUAGUCAACCUCCUCUGCAUCCUCCUCCUCCGGCGAACCUUGGCCUCCACGAUAUGUACACUAGCCCCCACGACGCUAGUAGAAGAUCGUCCAUGUUUACGACGCCAUCAGACUAUACAAAUCCAGCAACCCCAACACUAUAUCAACAAUGGCAGCAUCCUGGCUCAACAGCGCCUAGUAACCAAUCGGUCUAUGCAUUUCCUCAGACAAACAGCGCGCCCCAAUCAUUUGUUGGUCAUCCGGGAGUUCAAAUGCAACACAGUCAGCAGUAUAUGAGCGCAUCAUUUGAUGGCUUACCAAGAACAAGUCAUGAUGCGCAACACAGCAUACUUCGCGCCCUUCCGCAGCCCAACUACCACGGCUACAUUACUCAUGAGCCAGGUCCACUCACGGGACCCAAGACUGAACCUCUCCCUCGACAUCCUACACAGUAG